AAAAGACAUUGGUAGAUAUGGCCAUCGAUCGAGAAUGCUACGUUGAUCAGUUAGAGACUGAAUAUCCACACGGUGAAUGCAACUAUUGGAAAACUGACUUCCUUGCUCUUCCAUGCAUAGCCAAAGUUAUGAAAAAAACAAAAAUUGAACUCCAAGAUGCAUCCGCAUACGCAUCCAUGGAUUGGAAGAUAAAUGGAAUCCAUUCAUUCCAUUGCGGAGGCCAAGAACAUUCUGUUCAUUGAGAACAAACACAAAACCACUUUCACUUGGUUUCCUUUUGUAAAGCCAAAGAGAACAGGUAUGGAAGUUUUUGUGGUGGUUGUUGUUUAUUAUGUUUGUUUGCUUCAUUACAAAGAAAACGAAUACAGUAGCCGAGAAAUUGAGCAAAGUAGCGAUUUCUUACUUGAUUCCAAAUGCAAGGAAUUUAGGGCGAUUUUAGAUAACGAACGAUGCAUUUUAAGGACGAAAAGAACUGACAACGAGAACCAAUCUCACUAAAUUUAACUCUGGCAAUGGUUGGACUUCUCGACAGUGUGGCCGGAAAUCUGCUCGGAAGGAUAAUCGAAGCCGCCGACCGACUAGAGUUUCGUGCUAUCCAAAGCGAAUUGAAAAACCUCGAAACAGAUGUGUUGAAUCUUAAGGCCAGACUCCGAGACGCCGAGGAGAAGCAGGCUAGUAAUUGUGAACUCAAUGAACUGCUUAAAAACCUCAAAAAUGUGUUUUCAAGGGCAGACAUUGCAAUUGAGGAAUUGGAAUGCGAUUAUUUGAAGUGGAGAGUGCAGAAUCGAAAGAACGACGUUGACGAUAAGGGAUGCCAGUUCUCUUCUUGUUUCUCCUCCAAUUUCCUCAUUUCUCCAUUUAAUACCGGCAGUAAAUUCCAGGAAGAUCUUAAAAUAAUUACCUCCGAAUUACGUUCGAUUGAGAAAGCCAUGUCUAAAUUCUCUCUGGUUGAAGAUGAAGAUGAAUAUAUAAAAAAAUUGAAGGGUGAAAUGACUUUGCGGACCUCCAUUACUGGUUCGCAUGCUUUCGCUAGGCUUCUGCGCUUGAGGAGAGAGGCGAUUCUCUCUAAUGUAGAUUCCAUUUUUGGUAGAGAUAAAAUACAAGAGAGUAUCAUUAAGGAACUUGUGAAUGAUGAACAAAAAUCUCCCCGUAUUCUUUCAAUCCAAGGAGAUGGAGGGAUGGGAAAGACGGCUCUGGCCAAGUUAGUCUACAAUGCAGACGAAGUGUUUGAUCAUUUUGACAAGAGAAUGUGGGUAUGCGUUUCUGAAGAUUUUGAUAUCCGGAGAAUCUUAAGGGAGGUUCUGAUGUCUGCAACUGGAGAAAAUGUUACCACUGUUGCCUUAACCGAAAGUCGUUUACGAAUCCGGCUCCAGCGGUACUUUUUUGGCAAAAAAAUCUUGCUUGUUUUGGAUGAUUUUGGGAAUUUGGAUCCCGAAAGAGUAUCAGAACUGAAAAAAAUCGUGAAGAUGGGUGUUGGUGGCAGCAAGAUAAUGAUAACCACUCGCAGCGAUGAAACUCUAAAUGUUGCUACGACACACAAGAUUGACAAACUCGACGAGACGAUAUCUAUGCAAAUAUUCGAAGAUACAUAUGGAAGCGAAGGGCUUAGCGAAGGGCUUAGAGACGAUUUGUAUCUCAAAAACCUUGUGGCAGAAUGUGGAGGAGCUCCUUUGGCAAUCAAAUGUUUGGCUGGACUGCUCUCUUCAAAACCGAGCGAUGGUGCUAAGAGUCCAAAUGUCAAGGACUUGAGUGAGAAAUGGAAACAGGAAGAGGCAAACAACGGUGGUGGCGUUUUAUGUGCACUAAGACUGAGUUAUGAUCUAAUGCCAUCUUAUUUGAAACCUUGUUUUCUUUGCUUUUCAGUGUUGCCGAAAGAUAAUGUGUUCUUCUCAUUUGAGCUAAUCCAGUUAUGGAUGGCACAAGGAAUCCUUCCUUCGGGUACCAAAGAUAAUCCUGAAGAAGUUGGGGAGAAAUAUUUCAAGGAAUUUCGGGAUCGCCGUUUACUCGUUGAUGUUGAGGAGCACACUCUUGGAUAUUGGUUCAAAAUCCAUAGCCUUGUACAUGAUCUUGCAGUCCAAAAGGCUACGGAACAAAAGAACCUCGGAAAUUUUCAUAUGCUUUCAUUUGUCGAUUGCGACAGCAUCCCUUCGUCGACAAACUAUGAUAACACUCGUUUUAUUUCCAUUCCCGUGGUAGGAGGUGCGGGACCAAAUAUCAAUAGUGACCUUUUCAAAUGCAUCACCCAGUUCAGGCAGCUAAGGUUUUUGUACUUGUGCAACUCUUCUCUGGAAGAAAUUCCAACCUCCAUCGACACGCUGAAACAUUUGAGGUGUUUAGAUUUGCGAGGGAGUCAACGUCUGAAGAGGUUGCCAGAAUCAAUUUGCAAACUACAGAGCCUACAGACUUUGGUUCUUGCAUUCUGCUCAGAGCUUGAAGAGCUUCCCAGAAACAUAAAGAACUUGAUCAGCCUCAGAUUCUUAUGGAUACAAACAAAGCAAGCCCGCUUGGAAAAAGAUGAAAUAGGAAGCUUAACAUCCCUUCGUUUUCUCGCCAUUGGAAGGAGUGAAAACUUGACUCACUUGUUUGAAGAUAUCAACAAACUCAAUUCCCUCAAAACACUGAUCAUUUAUGAGUGCAAAUCGCUGCUAACACUGCCAAAAGGCUUGGAAAACAUGAAAUCUAUAUGUAAUAUGGGAAUAUGGGAAUGUGAUCGGCUGAGAUUUACAUUCUCACUGGCUUCACUUCACCUCAAGAAACUGAUACUCAGAGAACUUACAGCAGUGUCCACUUUGCCUAAUUGGCUGUCCAAUUUGGAUGGUACUUUAGAAGUGCUAGAAAUUGGAGAGUUCCCCACGCUAAGAAAAUUGCCAAUCUGGCUUUUAAACUUUUGGGAACUCCGAAUUCUUGGGAUCUCCAACUGUCCUAAGUUGAAGCAUGAUUCCUUCCCUCCUGAGCUAAAUUAUUUUUGUGAUAAGAUUGAGGAGUUGAGGAUCACAUUUUGUGGGUCUUUGAGCAAGUCUUUGUUGAAAAAAAGCAUGAAGGAAAUUGAACCUGAAAGCCGGGUAAUCUUUUACAUCCAUACCAUUUAUGUGGACUCCAAAAGAAUGACGCCACCAGUAGAAUCAACAGACGAACCUAAGGAAGCAGAGACAAAACAGGAUGAUGCUUAUAACAAUGCAAGUCCUCCUGGGACUGAACAACCUUCAAAGACUAAACAUGAUGAUGCGAAUAACAAUAUGAGUCAUCCUGGGAUUGGACUACUUUCAGAGUCAAAACAGGAGCAUACAAAUAACAAUAUAAACGAGAUUGAGACUGUUAAGGUUUGUUUGGGUGAUAAUGACCAUGCUGAAGCUCACCAAGCUAUGGUCACUACAUAUGAGGGUUUCUGAGGAUGUAUAAUUUCACUGUAUUAUUGUUUGUGUUAUAUGCAUUUAUUUGGCUAUUGCUAAACUUGUAUCUAUUUUAUUCUCCUACUGCUACAUUAUAUCCAGAUUUGAAUCUUUGACAUCAAACAAGUUAAUAUGUGUGUUAAAUUAAACCAUAUUUUUUUAUCUUUUUUAAAUAAAGUGAAUUAAAA